UGAUUCUUCAAAAGAACCUUCGCUCGCUGACAUUUCUUUUGCUCUCAUUUCCGAUUUCGCCUUCUUCCUUCACACACACAGUUUAGGGCUAAAUUCAGAUCGAAGGGGCACAAAUCAUGUCUAGACAAGUCGCGAGGAGGCUAAUCGGAUCUCUGUCGUCAAAAGCUCGCCGUUGCUCGAGCGACGUUUUCCCGUCCUCAUGCCAGGCGACUCCUCUCAGUUCGUCGUUGACCCAAUCUCGCUCCUUCGCGUCGUCGGAUCCUCCCGCGGCUGUGUUCGUUGACAAGAACACACGAGUCAUGUGUCAAGGCAUCACCGGAAAGAACGGGACUUUCCACACCGAACAAGCCAUUGAGUACGGCACCAACAUGGUGGCGGGAGUGACACCGAAGAAGGGUGGAACAGAGCACUUAGGUCUCCCUGUUUUCAACUCUGUUGCUGAAGCCAAGGCUGAGACCAAAGCCAAUGCCUCUGUCAUUUACGUUCCCGCGCCUUUCGCGGCUGCUGCUAUUAUGGAAGGUAUACAGGCUGAGUUGGAUCUUGUUGUUUGCAUCACCGAAGGAAUCCCUCAACAUGACAUGGUACGUGUAAAGCAUGCUCUUAACAGUCAAUCGAAAACCAGGCUGAUUGGUCCCAACUGCCCCGGGAUUAUCAAGCCUGGUGAAUGCAAGAUUGGGAUUAUGCCGGGAUACAUCCACAAGCCUGGCAAGAUUGGGAUUGUCUCUCGUUCUGGGACCUUGACUUAUGAAGCUGUUUUCCAAACAACUGCAGUUGGUCUAGGCCAAUCUACUUGUGUAGGAAUCGGUGGAGAUCCUUUCAACGGGACAAACUUUGUUGACUGCUUGGAGAAGUUCUUUGUUGAUCCUCAGACGGAAGGUAUCGUUCUCAUUGGAGAAAUAGGAGGCACUGCAGAAGAAGAUGCUGCAGCUUUGAUAAAGGCAAGUGGUACUGAGAAGCCUGUUGUUGCUUUCAUUGCUGGACUCACUGCACCACCGGGUCGUCGAAUGGGUCAUGCAGGAGCCAUUGUUUCCGGUGGCAAAGGGACAGCUCAGGACAAGAUCAAGAGUUUAAACGAUGCAGGAGUGAAGGUUGUUGAAUCUCCUGCCAAGAUUGGAGCGGCAAUGUAUGAUCUCUUUAAAGAAAGAGGUCUUUUGAAGCAGUGAAGUUGAGUUUCGCUCACGUUUUUUUCCCUUCUUCAUGAAACAUUCAAGAAGAAAACAAAAAAAAAACCUUAAUUCCUAGCCGUUGAUGGGAAGGAUGAACAUUCUUUUGGGGUUGUUUUUCCAAUUCGAUGAUAAUCAGAAUAUUCGACAAUGAGAAGAUAAAAACAGCUUUUGUUCACAUGCUGGGUUGAAUAAAUCGAAAUUGUUUUGCAAUUUCA